AUGGACGCCUUGUCCGGCAAGAAUUCGACAGGUCGCAGAGUGUCAUUGCUAAACGACGGCCCGGCGCCUCCUCCUCAACUUGUCCGACUUCCCUCCAUCACUCCUUCCCUCCAAUCCCGGACCUCCAGUUACUCAUCUUCACCCCUCGCCUCACCUCCUCGCCUGGUCCGCAGCGACUCUUCCGACUCGACUAUGCAGACGCCGUCGCCCAUCACGCCUGACUUCUCCUACGAGCCCGGCAUGGACUCGCCUGUCUUCGCACAAAAUGGCUUCUUCGUCGACCAGAAAUUCGGCGUGCCCAUGCAUCAAUCGUCCGGCCCUCUUCCUUACCACACCAACCCUGCCCAGGCUGGCUACUUCAGGCCCGACCACAUGUCUGAGCACCCUGAUCAAGCGGCGAUGAAUGCCCGCCCCAAGAAGAACAGCUACCCGUGCCCAAUGGCCAAGCAGUUUGGCUGCAACGACUUCUUCACCACCUCUGGCCACGCCGCCCGUCACGCCAAGAAGCACACUGGCAAAAAGGACGCCUUCUGCCCCGAGUGCAACAAGGCCUUUACCCGCAAAGACAACAUGGAGCAGCAUCGCCGCACCCACCAAAGCGGCCGCAAUGCCGCCAAGGGCGGUGAGCGCGACGUCAAGAAGGCCAAACACCAGGCAAAGCGACCCAAGCCAGCCCCGCUCCAGUCUUCGACGAUGCCUUCUUUGUCACAGCUUUCCAUGGUAGACCCGUCGCUUCCCCUCAGCCCGUCCGGAUUCUCCAUGGCCUCCGCUGUUCAGUCCACCGACUCUUUCCUCGAGUUCCCCAACAGCUCUCGGUACCCCGACCCGACUGCUUACAGCUACAACCCCGCUCCCGCCCAAUACGGUGGUCUUGACGCACUCGCCAUCGCAGCGAGUGGUGAGAAGCGCAAGUUCGAGUCAUAG